UCGAUAUUGUUGCGAUGUUUACAAAAUUUCGAAAUGUCAGAUGAGAUUUUAAUAUUUAAUGAUCAUCGGCCUAGUUGCAUUUAUCUUUAAAGAAUUAAUGAUUUGUUAGUGAAUAAAUUAGACAAUCGGAAUACAUUUCAGUCACUGGAAAUUUAAUCAGCGGAUGAGACAAAACGAAGCCAGGCGAUCAGAAGAAGAAAGCAAUAAACAUGGCCGAGCAAUAAUGCAGAAUAAGCUGUCGGGAAUAUCGCUAGCAUUCAGGUGGAGUCCAAUCAAACCGUUGCCAGGGAAGCCGUUGCCAAGGUCACGAAGUCGCCACUCUUCAUGUCGUCACGGUGAUUGUAUUUAUGUGAUUGGAGGAAAAGACGGGCGUGUUUCUCUGAAGGAUGUCUGGAAGUUUUAUAUAGGAUCUGGAGAAUGGGAGAAAUUAUCGCUGAAGGGGGACUGUCCCUCUUACCUGGAGGGACAUACCCUGGUGUCGCAUAAGAAAAACCUGGUGUUGUUUGGAGGUUCCUUUGGAGAUGAUGUCACAGACUCUGCCCUAUGGAUUAUUAAUCCAGAUGUCCAGCAUGUACGGCAAGUUUCCUGUGAGCCCGGAUUUCCUCAGCCCAGCACACGGCGACACCAUUCCGCUGUCUUACACGAUGACGUCAUGUAUGUGUACGGCGGACAUAUCGACCUGAAAGGAAGCAGCUCGGAGAUGUGGGCCUUUCAUGUUGCUGAGGAGGAAUGGGAGCUGAUUAAGCCGCGACAGGGUCGAGCUGACAUGCCUGAGGGGCGACACGGUCACUCAGCGGUGCUCUACGGCCGGGACAUGUGGGUGUACGGGGGCAUGUCUGACCUGACCCCCAAGUCUGACCUCUGGUACUACAACUUCCAUGUUGGGAAGUGGACACGUAUGAAGUGCAGAUUUGGUCCUCCGGCCUUAGUCGGGCAUGCAGCAGCUGUGAUCAAGGACAACAUGGUACUGCAGGGUGGGGAACAAAAUGGCGAUCUUAGAAACGAUUUCUGGAUUUUUUCAUUUGGUUCUUUGAAAUGGACUCAUGUUGAAAUCCCAAACCAAGUUCCGUCACCAAGAAUGUGGCAUUCAUUGGAAGCUGUUACUACAGUAUCCAAAAAGUCUGAAGGUUCCACAAGGACCAGCUCCAUGCCUUACCUACAAAACAAGCAGGGUCGGAAACAUGCGCUCCGUCCUCGUUCUAGCCCCGCCUACUCCUCUGCCCGCGUGGCUCCAAAACAAUCCAAAGAUGGAACCAGCACUAAAGAUGAAAAUGUGUCUGUGUCGUCUCAACGCAUGCAUGCUCAGAGGGUUAGUCCUGAUAAAGAAAACGUUUCAAUGACCUCUCUCAGACCACAGACUCUAGAGGUGAAAUCAGUGAAGGCUCUGUCAGAUUCUAUACCGGUGGUCAUGAGAACUCCCACCCCGAAAAAGAAAGAGGAGAAAUCGCCGUUGUUGCUGGAGAGACAUAUCUCGCAGUGUAGUGUUGGUAGUGAGGGUAGUUUAAAAGGGACCGAUAAUCUGGGACUGGAUAUCUCGUCCAGCAGUGACGCUUUGCCUUCGUUGGAAGUCAUGUCGCGUCAGGCGUCCGACAACUGUGAUUGCUUGCCAUCCAUGGAGUUUACGUCGUGUCAGGCUUUUACGGAGUCCUACGGGUAUCAGCAGAAGCCUCCUGAACCAGUCAAGGCAAUAAAAAUGCAGACGUUUAGUUCUAAUUUUAUCAAUGUUUUGCCUUAUCCCCUGGUCGCGCAAGACUUGGUGGUGGAGGAUUUAGAAUUGUACGAGAAUUACUUCUCAGACUUGAGGGAAUCGGCGUUGGUGCAACCGAAAAGUCAGAGAUCUCAUUUCACUGGCCAAAACAAGAAGUACAAAGUGAUCAAAAGUGAAAGGAAAAAUUUACGUAAAAACUCGCGUGAUAGUGAAACAUGGUUGGAUCGCACGAAAUCUUCAUCAGUUGGGGAGUUAGUGACGUUAAACCAAGAAUUGACAUAUACACAAACUAAAAAGAUGAGCAAUAGUCUCCAUAAUUUGAAAAAAGACAUGCCACAGUUAUGCUGGCAAAGUUUUGAAUCUGACUCUAUGGAAGACGUAAGCUUUGAGGAACCAGUCAAGAAUUCAGAAGAGCAAAUUAACAACUCGGGGGAGCCAUCGGCAGAGGAGGUUAAAAUGAGAACAACAAGUUUUUGUCAGCCAGAGAACAACAAGACGUCCAGCAGUUCUGGAGAAGGGAAAACCGCGUGUUACAUCCGAAACCAACAGCGGAAAAAACAGAAAUCAAACCAGGAGGAUAAUAAGGAGCUUGGUCAGCCCUACCUAUUGUUGUUUGGGGGUAAGGACAUGAACGGGGGGAGUGUCCGACUGGAAUCGCUGACCGCCUGGAGAUGUGAGGUUUUUGUCCGACACAGCGAUAUUUCUCACGGAGAAUUCCACAAAUCAAGUCUGAUCAUCUAAAAAAACCAAAAUCACCCAAGGAAUGAAAUCAUAAUCCAACCUUUUGGUAGUGAUAUCCAUCAAUCAACGUAUCCAGGGAAUGCACCAUUAUUUUAUUCCGUAGAAUUCUGGGAAUGAAGCGAAACCUACACAAUCAGGGCUUUAUCAUAAUCCUGUAGAUUUAUGUAUCUGCAUGAAAAAAAAAUCAUUAUUUUUGUAUCUUAUAUGUUUAAUACAUGGAAAUUCUGUCAUCAUUUACACCAAAAUCCAAAGGGACCAAAUGCAUCAUGGAGUAGAAAGUCUUUGUUGCAAGUUUUCUACUCGGAGAGUUCUCCCUCCUUACAAACCGAGCAGCUCAUACUUUGUAUGCAUAUCGCUACUUUAUAUUUUGUUAUUUUUUUCUUGAUGUUUUUUUCAACCUAGAUACAAAUGCGUGUACCAGAAGUUAACAUACGUAAACUUGUACAAUAUAUGGUAAUCGUCUAGUUUAUAUUUCUUUACUUUUAUUAAUACAUUUUAAGAAAAACAGAUAUGUAUUAAUACACUAGUACAUGUUUUUUAACAGACCCACCCAGACCAUGUAGUAUGUGUGUAUACAUGUAUUUAAAUACUUGUAUUUUCAUAAUACUCUCACUUCAAAUGUUUAUUCAUGCGGUAAGAGAUGCUUUUACUUAGUACAAUGGUUAAAAUUCAAGAAAAUGCUUCUAAUUUAAAACAUUAAAUAAGGUGGUAUAAUUUUUACUAGUUAUAUUUAGAAUUACAUGUACGUACUACUGUGGUUUCAUUAAUAUUCGUUGAAUACCAAUUUUCGUGGAUUUCGUUGACGUUAUGUUUAUCCAUGAAAAUAAAUGUUCAUUGAAGUGUAAUUUCUACUAACAUUUUGUAUUGAUAGGAUUCAUUUGCCACAAAUUUACGUAUCCUUGAAACUGUGUUUUUCACUUUAACCACGAAAAUUGAUACCCUUGAUUAUUAAUGAAACCACAGUAUAUCUUGGUACGUGUAUAAAAGAAUUUCGAAGAUUUUUUAAAACUUUUCUGUUAUAUAUGUAUUACAUGACUGUAUUUAUUUCAACAUUAAACAGCCAGUUGGGGACAGGUUGCACGUGUAUUUCCAGUUUACUCAUUGUACUUAGCUAGCAUUACCCAUACUAGUCAACAGCCUGUAAUAUCUUUCAAUGAUACAUGUACUUUAUUUGAUGUGUACAUUGUAGUACAUGUACUAUUUAUCCAUGUUAUUACACUAUCAUAUAAGCAGCUAUUUUGGCUGUUUCAGAGGAGUUACAAUAUAAAUUAUGUACAUGUACUACAUAUCAAAAGUUGCAUGAAUUAAGAUUUUUUUUUGAGAAAAAAAGAAGAUGUCAUCAAUUUUAUAUGUAUGUACAGAAUUUUAUCAAGCCUUGCAAAUUAGAAAUAUUUGCCAAACUUGAAUCAUUCUUUUAUUUGAAUUUUUUGAAAAAAGGACCAAGUUGUUUUAUUUCUGUGAAAGUUGAUUUAUCUCUCCUCAAUUUACAAGGGUUGAUGUACCUAUAUAAUAUAAUUAAUAUAAUAUAAUAUAAUGUUAAUAAUGUUAAUGUAAUGUUUAAAUCUCUUGGAUGCUCCUUUACAGUUUAUCAGAUUAUUCAGGGCAAAAAUUAACCAUGAUAGCUUUUAAUAUGCUUUUUUAUAGAAUGAGGUACAUUUAAAAAUGCACGAAUAUAUAUAUUUUAUUUUUAAAUAAUUAGUGAGCUUAGAUCAAAUUCUUUCUUUUCAAACUUCUGUGAUAUUAGAUAAAAAUAUACAUUAUUUUAUGAAACAAAAUCUUGUUUGAUCAUUAAUGAGAAUUAAUGAAUUAUUAUGUGUAAACGAGACUGUUCACUCCUUAUUGAUUGUAGUAUAAACAGUAAAAGUAUUUCACUGUGUCACUGAAGUAUAUCUUGUACUUUGUUUCAUACCAGAACAUUCCAAGCAUUUUACUAGCUCACAAUAACACUGAAUUAUAGUUGUUCAUUAUAUGUAUUUAAAAUGCAUAUAUAGCCUUUCAUUGUUGCAUACAAUUACACCAACAUUUGUAUUUCUUGUUAAUUUCGACUUUUUUCAGAAGGGGGGGGGGGGGGUUACUCUAUGUUCUUGAUUAUUAUUUUUUUAAAGUUUGUUGUAUAUAUCAUCAAAAGGACAUAAAAGAAAAGAUUUUUUUAACACAAAUUAAUUUAUUUUCUGUAAAAAGUACUUUAAGUUGAAUUUUUGAAAAAAAAAAAGAAUGAUUUUCAACAUUGAAACUGUACUCUACUCUGCAGCUGCUUUGUUUGAUUAAAAACCUUUCUGUCAUGUAGCACCAAUACAAUUUUUUAUCAUCAUUUUGUUUUGGUAGAAGUUUUAAAGAGAGCACUGCAUGCAUGCACUUAUCUAUUAAUUGACUUUCAGUAAGCUCCCUUGUCAUUUUAUGCUAGCAUUUAUAUUAAUUUUAUAAACAUGUAUUGUAUGAUUUAUUUAUCAGUGAAUCUUGAUGAUAGAUAAUAUUUACUUCAAGUGCUUUAAUCAUUUCUGUGUAUGUGAAUGUAAUCCUUUAAUACUUUGCUUAGAAGAUAAGUUGCCAAAAUUUGUGUCAAUUUAUGUCCCCGAAAAGAAAUAUACAUGCACAACUGACCAGUUGUAUUUUAGAAGGGAAAUCAUUACAGGGAAUGCAGCUCUCUGGAUUUUUGAAAUUUUGGUGCAACAAUUUCAUUUCUGAGUUAAUAAACUUACACUUGAAAUAUCUAUUAAUCAUAAUAUCUUGAAAUCCACAGGUUAUAUUCUUGUAUAAUUUUACAUCUUGAUUUUUUAUUCAAAUUGUUUUCCCUGUAUAUUUUACUCAAAGUCCAUAUACUUUUCUGGCAAAGUUGUUAAUAAUUCAAUGGUAUGAUAAUUCUGUGUGUUUAUACUGUCACCAAUUAGCACACUUUUCAGUGUAAUGUAGAUUGCGGUCAUUUAUAUAGAAUAUUAAUUAGGUCAUUGUUGCUACUUUAUUGAUAUCAUUAAUAAUUGAUAAAACUGUAUGUAGGAACAUUUUGUUCAGUUUGUUACUUGUGAGGUGCUAGAUAUCAACCCAAGUAUGUUGUCAUUUUCAUGUCAUGAUAUUAUUUUGCAGACCAUUUUUAUUUCAAAUAUUUAAUUGCUACAUUAUCUAGAAUUGCUAUGUGGAUAUACAAUGUAGCACUGUAUUUCAGCUUAUUUAUUAUUGAAUACCCUGGAAAUGUUCAAUAUCUAGAGAAAUCAGUUAGGCUUUUAAUAAUUACAGCUGAAUUGUCUUGCAACAAAAAAUCCUUCUACUUGAUUCUCAACUCAGUUUUCCAUGUAAUAUGGGAAAGAUGAAGGUAAAACAUCUUUUUCCCAAAAAUAAUUUAGCAAAAUUUAAAGUGGAUUGGGUGGGAUUUUUUAAAUCUAAAAAGGUACUCUACUUAUAACAUUUAUUUUGGAUUUUGUUUCUUUCUAAGACUUUUUGAUUUGAAAACUUUAGCUAUGAUUUUGUGAUGUAUUACAUGUACCUGACAAAAUCUACGCAAUUUUAAUUAUAUUAUUCAUAUUUCUUCAUGAAGGCUUUCAUACUAAAUCUUUUGGCAUCCAUUUAUUAGAUGAUAAGAUAUCACCAACAUUUCCAUAACUCUUUGUGAAUUGAUUCUUUACCUGCUUUUGCAUGUCUUUCCAUACAUUUUUAAAUCUCCUCCUAUAUUUAAUAAGUUUAGAUCCACCAUGUCAGUUUUCUACACCAAUUGCGAAAUGCACACUUUCAGUUGUAUCACCAUGCAGUACCUAUUUAACUGUUACUGUGUGAUAACUUGGUGUGAUACCAGUAUAUUUUUCUUCAGGACAAUUUUUGGCAACAGAAGGCUAUACAUUUUACAGAAGAUAAAAAUAGAUUUCAUGACAGAUCCGUCCUUGACCUCAUGACCUUUUUCAUAGGAUGAAGUAGUUUGUUUAUAGUUGAAACUAUACAUUUCUAUUGUAUGUGAGACAACGAAUUAGAUCUCAAGGUUCAUCAUUCCUCUUUUUACUAAAUUAAUAACUACAAUUUAGUA